GUAUUCCUGUCAGGUUUCAGUUAUCCAACUCACGGAGAUGAGAGUUUACUGGAAUUUUCUUAUUCUCAAGUUGUUUUAUUUUGUAUUAGUUGUACCAGGCAGUUGGCAAUGUGACAACGGAGUAUAUGAUGGGAAGGGACAAACAUAUAAAAUUAUUGAAGAAUCACCAACUAAUUUUCCAGGAUGCAAAGAGGAUAGUCAGAUGUUGGUUGGUAAAACUGGAUUAAAAUAUUGUCUUGCUAAAGAUCCCGAUUUUUUAUCCUAUUUGCAGUGUGCAGAUGCAUCGGAGAAUAAAAAUUCAGGUGGCUCGAACAGGCUUUUGAUUGAUUUAAACCCAUCAGGUGAUUCGGCGUUUUCUAGAUCUUUUGAAUAUGAAUCUUCAGAGUUCUGUAAAGAAACUUUUGUUAAAUCCUGCGUCAAAGCCAACAUAAAUCCAGAUCUGCUUGGAGAGACUAUUGAACUACCUGGAAACAUUAAGCUGAAGUUCAAAAAUAAAGUGCCCGGAGAUGAACAUGCUUACAACUAUGAAGGGAAUGAUGCAGUUUUAAUUAUAACAUACAACCCAGUCAAUAAAACUAUGCAAGGCCUUGCAACCUUAGGAGAUGGUAGGGCUUAUAAUUUAGAAUAUGUUGGAGAUGGGGUUCAUCUAUGGAAAGAGAUGGAUCUGAAUGAGAUUAAAAAACUUGAAUAUGGCCAAACUGGAAAUAGAGGAAUAGGUCACGGUCAAGACGACUCUGUUGAUGUAAAUGUUACUGAAAGCACUGCAAACAGAAUGGCACCUGAAAUACACAAUGACAACACUACCAUGGUAUAUAUUUCUGUUAGGUUUUAUUUUACUCCCCAGUUCUUAGUAAAAACCCCAGAUGUCGUUGGAUUUGUUGCAAAGAUUGCAGCUCUGACUAAUCAAGGAUUUCAAAACAGCAUGGUCCCUAUAACCAUUGUUGUUCAUUGUAUUGAACCAUUGAACAUUCCUGAAUUAUAUUCUGCACAAGAACAGCUGAGCAAAUUUGAAAACUUCAAGGGAAAUCAUAAAGAUAUACUAGGUUCUGCUGAUGCUGCAACCCUAUUGGUUUCUGGAGAAAACUUCAGCUCAUGCGGAAUUGCUUACUUUGAUGUUGCUUCUUCUGGUAGAACAAUUUCUGUUGUUACAAAAUCAUGUGCAGACACAAACUAUAGCUUUGGUCAUGAACUCGGGCACAAUUUGGGAUGUGCUCAUAAUGUUGAGGAUGAUACAAAUCCAGCAAAUCCCUACGCAUUUGGAUACUUUUUCCCAGCAGGUCAGGGGAAAUCAGGGUUUAGAAGCAUAAUGGCGUAUGCUGCUCCUAAGUAUCCAACUCGGACUAACUUUUUCUCCAAUCCUGGUGUAGUAUUUCCGGACACUGGGACUUCAACUGGCGUCCACGGGAAAGCCAACAAUGUAGCAGUGAUGUUAAGAAACCGGUUUUCCAUUGCAAAGAAUGGAGAUGAGAGUAUUGGGUGUAAUUUGGCGUGGUUAGCUAAUGGCAGGUGA